UUUAACAGCCUAAACUCAGUACACAAUAAAAUUGCCACUAAUGGAGGUAAAGAGUAUUUGGGGUAACUAAAUAAAUAUAUAAAAGAAAAUGGCAUUACAAUAAUGGUGUUUUGGGAGCCAUUUUUAACGAACAUUUUAGUGCCGCAUUAGAAACGAUAUUUGCUAUUUAUGCUUCUGAAUAAUAUCGAACCGCUCAAAACCUACGACAUCUAUACUAGUGUACACCAAAAACCUGUUAAACAACAACGCAUCAACACGUUGCUAAUGUGGCGCUUUAAGUGUUUAUGUGAAACAGCUAUAGGAAGACAAAAUGAUGAACGUUUUAAUAUUAUAUAUCUUAAUUUGCGUUACCUACGCGAAACAAGAGCCUUUAACUGACGAUUUAAAUGUCGUUACCAUGCCAAAUGAAUCAAAGCUUUUGUACACUAAAACCUAUAACCCGGAUUGGGACGAUUUGGACACCCGCCCUCUGCCUCAGUGGUAUGAUUCCGCUAAAAUUGGCAUUUUCCUUCAUUGGGGAGUAUACUCCGUGCCAAGUUUCAAAAGUGAAUGGUUUUGGGCCGAUUGGAAAAGUGGCAAUGAUGAAGCAAUAAACGAUUUUAUGAAAAAGAGUUACCCUGGGUUUACAUAUCAGGAAUUUGCACCUAUGUUCACAGCUGAAUUUUUUGACCCCAAAGAGUGGGCAAAACUUUUCGCCCAAUCUGGAGCAAAAUAUGUUGUUCUCACUUCUAAGCAUCAUGAAGGCUACACAUUAUUUCCAUCAAAGCGCUCAUUCAGUUGGAACUCAGUUGAUGUAGGACCCAAAUUAGACAUAGUAAAACAUCUUUCUGAAGCUGUAAAAGAAGCUGGAUUGAAGUUUGGUGUUUACCAUUCUUUAUAUGAGUGGUUUAAUCCUAUAUACUUAGAAGACAGCAAUGCAAAUUUCACCACUACAAAUUACACAGACAACAAACUGUGGCCAGAUAUAAAGCAGAUUAUUAAUGAUUAUAAACCAUCAUUAUUUUGGGCUGAUGGAGAUUGGGAAGCCAAUGACACUUACUGGAAGUCACCAGAACUCUUAGCCUGGUUCUACAAUGAAAGCCCUGUUAAGGAUGAGAUUGUAGUCAAUGAUAGAUGGGGCAGAGGUAUUGGCUGUCAUCAUGGAGACUUCUUCAAUUGCAAAGAUAGAUAUAAUCCUGGUGUUUUGAUGAACCACAAAUGGGAAAAUGCUUUCACUAUAGACAAAAAGUCAUGGGGUUUCAGAAGGAAUAUGAAAUUAUCGGAAAUUUUGACCAUAAACGAAUUGCUACAAACAGUUGUAUCCACAGUGAGCUGCGGAGGAAAUGCACUUAUCGAUGUUGGACCAACGAAAGAUGGAAUCAUCGUACCCAUAUUUCAAGAGCGUCUCUUGCAACUGGGUGAAUGGCUUACCGUAAAUGGCGAAGCAAUUUAUGACACCUCGCCCUGGUCGUACCAAAAUGACAGCCUCAAUACAGACGUUUGGUACACCUGCAGAAAGAAAGAAUACAACCCUUCGAAACCCGUGGCAUUGCCGAGUGAAUCAGAUAUAAUUACAGCAGUUUAUGCUAUUUUCUUAAAAUGGCCCAAUAGUAACCUUUUGAGUGUUAAAGAUCUGGCUCCUUAUUUGCACAAAGGCAUUUUCCAAGUUGAUAUGCUGGGUUCUAAAGGCUUCGAAAAUUUAAACUGGCGAAUCGCGAAAGGUGUGGUUGAAAUCACCCUGCCUGAUAAGGCCGAUGUGACCACCAAACAUGCCUGGACCCUGAAGAUUCGUACGAAGUUGUAACAUUGAACAUUACUCACCAGAUUGCAUUUAUUAUUAUUAUUGGGAAAUAC